UCUCUCGUGUCAGUACAGUGAGACUGCCUGACUGAACAGCCAGAGGUCUUUGGAAAGACAAUGAAUGUGGCUUCGAUGGAAUAUAUGUUUAAUAGAGAAGCCUGCUUAUGGCCACUUCCCUAAGCAGAGCUGUGGUGAAUGAGAGUUUAAACCGAGGCCGGCAAGACUCAAGAGUCGCACAUCGAGUAUGUUGGGUGGGGUGAAAAAGAGCAGUUCUCCUCAAGACAAGUUGUCCUGCCCCUUCCCGUAGACUGCCAGGGCCCAUUCGCGACAUUAUGGUGGUCGGACAAGUCCAUCUUCACAGCGAUACAAAUUCGAGUCUAGGAAUGGCCUUGAUGACUUGCAUACGAAGUUAUAGUCAACAUACGAUAUCCGAUACAACGCGUAUGGGGUGCUGGGAAGCCGGUCUUCACGGAGACAAGGAUCUUGCGCAGAAAGCCCGAGACCAUAGCUGCUGGACGUGUUGCAUCCUUGAAUACAUUCCUGAUUUUCGAGUCGUAGGUGUACUUCCGUACAUCUGCUUUGUUCCUGGGUACAGACCCAACCAAGCAGGGCUCUCUAUAAAAAAAAAACACCGGUUAUACACAGUGACGAUUCCAAAGCCGAACGUUGACCCCGCACCGCCGCAGAAGCAAUCCGGGCAACCAAACGCCAACCCCGCCAUCACCGAUAAGAUAAAACAAAAACGAAAUAACAAAACCCCAUCCAAUCCCCAUCGUCGCGACACCCCGGAGGCGCAUACAAAACCUGACCCUCCCUAUCUCCAGUCGGCCCGUCGAAAUCCAAUGCCACACCUCUCCCUGCCCUGCACCUCGCGCGCAAGACCGCUCGCCUUCCCGUCAACCUUCCCAACACCCCUCCAGAUCCUCUUCUUCUCCUCGUCCUUCUCCCACCCCUCGCCCUCGCCCGCCAUGACGCCGCCCGCCUCGGAGCUGCGCGCCGAAUACACCAACGCCUCCGCCGCCACGACGCCCUCGGAGCCCUUCGCCCUGGCGACCCCGCUGCCGGCGCUGCCGGCGGAACCCUCGGCGCCGCCGACCGAGUACCUGCGCUCGCUCCGGGGGGCGGUGACGUCGGCGCAGGCGCGGAUCAACGAGGCGCUGACGCUGCGGAUGGAGGAGGACAAGGCACGGGAGGCUGCCGCCGCCGCUGCUGCUGAUGAUGAUACGGAGGGGGGUGGCGCGGGGAAGAAGAACUCGAAAAAGAACAAGAAUAAGAAGGGUUCCAGGAUUGACGAGGAGGCCGAGGAGCUGAACUAUGGGGAGGAGGUCGUGGAGGAGGAGGAUUGAGGGGAGAAGAAGAAGAAGAAAAAGAAGCACCUUUACGCCCAACGAAAGGUGUGCUGGGGAUGAGAGAUUCGUUGCGUUGGCGAUAAAGAGUCUGGGAAGAACGGCUUUCGAGGUCAUAUCAACAAUUGGAGACACUGGGAUGCAGGGGGGGACACAAUACGAUCAAGGACAAAG